UUCACGUUAUUUGCUGUGCAUAUGUUCCCGUCAUGCUGACCUCCUCAUCUUUAUAUCCCACCCACACAAUCUUAGACCAUAAAUCAGAUAUUUCAGCUAUUACAGGAUUAAUUUCAGGGACAAAUAAUUCCCCAUGGAAGGCGGCAACAAAGGCGAGGCCACGGCCACUGGUGUUCAAAAAAUGGGCCGAUUAAGAUCACUGUACAGAAGAAUUAAGGCUUUGUCCCCUCUUCCAUACCUUGUGAAAGCCUUAGAUUUUUAUGUGAGAAGCGUGUCUGAGUGCGCAGGAAGAAGCAAUUACAGUGGUCUUGCUGCAGGUGGUCUAGGUGUUUCCACCAUCAGCGUUCCAAACAGCUUCACCACCUCCUCCCUUACAAAAGAUCAUGAUGAAUUUGCUGAACUCGUGAGGGCAGCUUUACAGAGGAGUAAAUCAUCUCCUGGAGGGCAAGGGAAGGAAAUUCCGACACCUUGUGUUGGAAGGAUCGACGAGGAAAGCCCCUGCUAUUUUGGUGGGUCUUUCAGAACCAAUACAACGCAAUCCGAUCUUCGUUACCCUCGCACUAGGAGCUCUCAUCCUGCUCGAAUUUCACGUGUUGAGGAAGAAAUUGUUGAGCGUAGGUGAAAAUGUUGUGUGAGUUGUCCUUUAAUGUCUGUAACUCCUUAGUUUGUACUUGUUCUAUUCUGAGUGAACUUUUUUUUUGCACGUCUCCUAAAAAGUUAAAGAGUUACGUGGGCAACAGUUUGCAUUAUUUGGACGUAUAUAUUUCCUGUUUAUAUCUAUUGCACUUUAAGUUAAUCUAUACGAAUUGCGUGAACGUGGAAGUUAAGAUGUAUUAUUCUUGUAGGUCACUCGCUAUUAUUUUUUUUGA